GUUUUAUAAACCGAGGGGCUGCCUCGUCCUGUCCUCUUCUCCAGAUUUUGCAGCGCCAGGACAACAGCUCCAGAAAUCCUCCGGUAAUCUGCGGCAGAGAAUCGACCGACGAUGUUCCAACAGGUGUCACAGACCAGUGUACCUGAGUUCUUAAAGAGGAGGAGAGCAGAGACAGCAGAACACAGCCGAACAUGUCGCCUGGACACAGAGAGUCCUCAGGGUGUCCUCCAUGUUAUCGGUACCACCCUGAAGAUAAACCUCAACAGGAGCGCCCCUCCCAGCUCCAAGUUCUUCUCUGUGAAGUGCACCCCCAGUGUUCAGUGCAGCAUCAGCCCCCCGCCCCAGGAGACCUCACACCUCUCACCCAUCCCUCUAAAUAAAAACUCAGUGCUGCUCAUCAGCAUGAGCCGUGCCAGUGAGCAUGAACAUGAUUGCAAGCUGUCUGUCAGGUACUAUGCGGAGAAGAAAGAGUUGUUGGGGAAUGCAAUUCUGCACCUGACAGCUGUUGAGAUCUCUCUGGAUGUGGAUGCGGACAGAGACGGUGUGGUGGAGAAAAACAACCCUAAUAAGGGCUCCUGGAAAUGGGGUCCUGAUGGACACGGAGCCAUCCUAUUGGUCAACUGUGACUCAGAGCGGACCUAUUGGAAGGAACAAGACUCAAAGAAGAACCACAUCACCAAAGUGUCAGAUCUGAAGGACAUGUCGCCCAUGGUGCUGCGGACCAGAGGCCCUGCAAAGCUCCCAGAGGGCUACAAGCUCACCAUGCACAUCUCACAGAGCGACGCAGAGAGCGUGAGAGUGUUCAGGACCAGAUCCCCUGAAGCGAAAAACACCAUAUCAAACUUCGUCUAUAGCUCCCCGUUGAAGGACUAUCCACUGGUGCUGAACAGUGAGGUCCUGUCACAGGAGGUGCCGUACCUUGGCCACGAAGCAGAGAUGAAGUUUUACGUGGAGGGCCUCAGGUUUCCCGACAAAGACUUCAAUGGCCUCAUCAGCAUCAACCUCAGUCUAUUAGAGCCUAUUUGUACAGGUCUCCCAGAGACGCCCAUUUUCACAGACACAGCUGUGUUCAGAGUGGCGCCCUGGAUCAUGACACCCAACACCCUGCAGCCUGUAGAGGUGUUUGUGUGCAGCACAUCUGAUAACUUUAAGUUCCUGAAAGGAAUGAUAAACCUUGUUAACAAGAGCGGGUACAAGCUGAAGGUUUGCCACGAAUAUCUGAACAGAGGAGAUCGGUGGAUGCAGGAUGAGCUGGAGUUUGGUUACAUCGACUCACCUCACCAACGGUUUCCUGUUGUUCUUGAUUCCCCUCGAGAUGGAAAACUCCAGGACUUUCCAUACAAUGAGCUACUGGGCCCUGACUUUGGCUACGUGACGAGGAUAGCCCAGAGAAAGGAUGUGAGCAGUCUGGACUCAUUCGGUAAUCUGGAGGUUAGUCCUCCUGUUACUGUGAAUGGGAAAAACUACCCCCUGGGCCGAAUCAUCAUCGGAGUGGCUUUCCCUACGGCAACUCAAGGACGCAACAUGACCAAAGUGGUUCAGGACUUCCUGUGGGCUCAGAAGGUUCAGGAGCCAAUCGCCUUGUUUUCAGAUUGGCUCACUGUCGGCCACGUUGAUGAAUUCAUGACUUUUGUUCCUGCACCUGACAGAAAGCGUUUCCGGCUGCUGCUGGCCAGCCCCGACGCCGGCUACAAGCUAUUCAGAGGCUUAAAGAACGACGGUCACGGACAAGCCAAGAUGUUCGACGGUCUGAAACCUGAAGAAGCAAUAACGGUGGACGAUAUUCUCAAUAACAAGAGUUUACAAGCUGAAAACAACUACGUGCAGAGUUGCAUCGACUGGAACAGAGACGUCCUGAAGAAAGAGCUGGGCCUGGACGACGAGGACAUCAUUGACCUGCCGAUCCUAUUCCAGCUGAAUGAGGAGUCUGGGUUAAGAGCAGAGGCGUUCUUCCCUGACAUGGUGAACAUGAUCGUUCUGGGGAAAAACCUCGGCAUCCCGAAGCCCUUCGGCCCCAAGGUGAACGGCCGCUGUGCCCUGGAGGCGGAGAUGUGCUCGCUGAUGGGGGGCCUGGGCCUCAGCUGCACCUUCAUCGACGACUACGCCUCCUACCACAAGCUGCUGGGAGAGGUGCACUGUGGCUCCAACGUCCGUAGGGAGCCGUUUGACUUCAAGUGGUGGAACCUGGAGGUGUGAACAGAAACUGAGCAGUGGAAAGAAAGUUGUGACAGGGGGAAUGUAGAGGGUUUGUUUUUUUCAAAUAUAGAUAGAAAACAUUAGCAUAUUGAGGUCACUUGGGGUUGGAUGAUAAUUGUUCUGUAAGCGCCUGUAUUAUCUCUGCUUCUUAAAAUCAUUUAAGUGCCACUUUCAUCAACAUUUCUGUCGCUGAAAUGACCGGAGAGGUUUGAUGUUAUGCAUCUUCAUAUUUAUUAAACCUUUUCGUUUGCUUCAGUUACAAAAAAGGAUGUACAGCAAUAUUUACAAAUCUUUUGAACAAGGGCUUAAGCAGACUGUUGACAAGAACAGAAUUACAAUCAUUUGAAUUGAGCACACAGAAGAUUCACUUCCAAUCUUUUUGUGGUUUGGAUCGACGUUGGUAUAGUACAGUGUUAAGCACAGUUAAAUGAAUGGAACACAUUGUAAUGUGCUAUAAUAUUACAUAGCCACAAGAGGGCAUACUUCAUCUACUCAAGCAUUCCUGAAGUCCAGAUGAAAAUCAUUUGAUCUAACAUAUUGAUAUUUUAAAUCAAUGCAGUAAGCUAUAAUACACAUGUGAAACUAUUACCAAAAUAAUUCUAUAUUUGUUUCUAUGCCUUUUUUUUCUGAGGUCAAAUGCAAAAUGUUUCUUUGUACCUUGAAACUUGUGGCUUUAAACUGAUUUUGGUCCAGUGUGUUCAAACAUUUCAUACUACAUGUCAUGUGUAAAAUGUAAAUGCUUUUGUUAAUUAACCAAAGACAAUAAAUCUCAUAUCCGCUUCAGUUACACAACUGAAAUAAAA